AAGUAAAGCAUGAUCCAUCACUUCUUCCCCUCCCUCUCCAAACAGGAGCAGCUAACAUUUCAAUUCUCUCCCCAUGCACACACAGUCAGUCAGCGGUAGAAACAAGCGCCCUAACGUAUGUUGAGUAGAUUGAAUCCUCGGUGUUUUUUUCUCUUAUUAUUAUCAUCGAGGUGGAGGUGGGGGAGGUUAGAAACAAAACUGACGAGAUGCACCAUUUGGACGGAUGCUGCAGCGCGUAAAAAGCUGUGGAUGGUCCCCCUCUGCUCGUUUAAGGGGAAAUUUUAGCGCCAAAAGUUGCAGAAGCACACCGGCUGCGGUCCACUUCUCCCCUACGCUCAGCGACCGCUCACAAGCAGGCUGGAAGACCACCAGGCUCAGAGGACGCAGCCUCUACGCAGGGCGCAGAUGAUCGCAACUGGUGUUUGUGGCGUGGCGCUGGUCCUGGUGCUGGUGGUGCUCAUCCCGGCCAUGGUCAACUCCGCCGGAACCCCCGCCCGCUACGAGAUGCUCGGCUCCUGCCAAAUGGUGUGCGACCCUCACGGGACGACCGCCACGGCUCCGGCGAAGGCGGUCGGUCCGGUGAAAGACACCAACGGCCUGACGCAAUCCCUGCCCACCUUCAUCCAAGGUCCGCAAGGCGAGCCGGGACGCGUGGGCAGGAUGGGUCCGAGGGGUCCGGUGGGCGAGCCCGGCCCGCCCGGUCCCGCUGGCCCGCCGGGGGAGAGAGGGGCACCCGGUCUUCCGGGUCCACCUGGAGCGAGUGGACCUACGGGUGCAAUCAGCGCCGCCACUUACAACACGGUCCCAAAGAUCGCCUUCUAUGCAGGACUCAAGAAGCAGCAUGAGGGAUACGAGGUGCUCAAAUUCGACGACGUGGUCACAAAUCUGGGGAACCACUACGACCCUGCCACGGGCAAGUUCACAUGUUCCAUACCCGGGAUUUACUUCUUCGUUUACCAUGUGCUGAUGCGAGGCGGGGACGGGACCAGCAUGUGGGCCGACCUGUGCAAGAACAACCAGGUCCGAGCCAGCGCCAUCGCCCAGGACGCAGACCAGAACUACGACUACGCAAGCAACAGCGUGGUCUUGCACUUGGAGCCCGGCGAUGAGAUCUACAUCAAGCUGGACGGGGGCAAGGCCCAUGGGGGCAACAACAACAAGUACAGCACCUUCUCGGGCUUCAUGCUGUACGCCGACUGAAGACCCCCCCACCCUCCCGGCUCACUCGACGCUCACACUCCAUCACUCGGAUUAGUACAGACAGAGCUUCUUUCCCAUGUCAGUUUUUUUUUUUCCCAAACGAGCCUGUGAAGGUUGUUGUACAGCAUCAUCACACACAGAAGGGAAAUUGUACUGCUCACAGCUCAUUGACAUGUCACCAUUAGUCUGAUUGGUGCUGCUGCUGCAUGCUGUGUGAUGAGCUGUGAAGAAAUACCACCUUAAUGCUACCACAUAUCAUAAUGUAGCUGCUGCCAUCUAAUACAGUAAUACAGCACAUGUGUAUUGACCCCUCAUUAACACCAAUACUGUAGUCAUAUACUCAAACUCUAGUUCCUUUGUGCGGUUUGUUUGGCAAACAGGCAUUCAACCUGACUGCGGAGCAAAUUAAACAAACUGGUACUGUUUGCUCCUUGAUCCUGUCUACAAAACCUGGUUUCAACCUAAGUAAUGUAAUAGUAACUAAAGUAACAAGAGGUUGUUUGUCUAUUUGCGCCCUGCGAUUGGCUGGCGGCCAGUCCAAGGAGUACGCUGCCUCUCACCCAAAGUCAACUGGCAUAGGCUCCGGCAUAACACCGCGAACCCAGUGAGGACAACGGCUUAGAAAAUGAAUGAAUGAAUGUAUUUAUUACCUCCACCAAGCGCAAAAGCACGAGCUGUUUUGUUCGUUACAAGCGGUCCUGGUGUUACUUACGCACUCCCAUAAAUGAUUAAUACUGAAGAAAAAAAGAGAACUAGUUUGUUCACCUUUUUCCUUCCACUAUGUCACCCAAGCAUGAGGCAGACUUCUGAUAGCAGUGCGUCAGAGGAAAGUGAAAGCGAAAGAUGAAGUGAAAUUAAGCAUUUUAAAAUGCUCGCAAAGUGGAGAAACGCCGAUCAACAUUUCUUUAUGCCCAUUCCAAGCAGCUCAAACGCCACCACCAUCAUGAAGGAUAAAGAUGGUAAAUAAUAACAAAUGAAAGGAUCUGCUCUUAUGAAAUGAGCAGUGAUAACUAAGCAGCGUAGUGGUGUCAUUAAUGAGACUUCCUCCUGCCAAUAAGCUUGUCUCUCCCUCCCUUGCAACGCCCCUUCCAGUGUGCGAAGCCAACCACAGGGAUGAGAGUAAGGGCUUCUCUUUUUUAUUACUGCUUCAUUUCAUUCUUGUAUUUCAUCAUUUUAUUACUGUCAUGUGUGUAGUGUAAGUGACUUAGGUGUUCAUUUACGUUUAAGUUCCGACUUACAUCGCAUUCAUCGGAACGAAACUAAGACCAAUGUUGCAAGAUUACGCAAAAACACAACCGAUUUUCACAAAACUUGGCGGAGGGUUGGCGCAUGUGCUGUGCCAUAACCCUAUAAAUUUUAGUGCAAAUCCGAAUACAAUUUUAAAAGUAACACUAAUCUAUCUUCAAAUUUUGCUAUUUGUUCACAAUGGAAUCUUGCCGGAACCGUAAAACGCUUUCAUGAGAAGAUAGCAGCCUCUUUCACGCAGAUUCCACAAAACAGGAACAACCGAAGAUCUGGCAUGAAGCCACCCAGCAAAGGUGGGAUAUUUCUGUAACUGCGUGUUCUUUCAUCCGCCAAACCGGCAUCGCACAACCGUAAAAUGAUAUCAAAAAGAGACUUGAUAUCAACAGCGGCUUUGCAAAAACAGCUCAAACAGAAAAUCUGAUGUUAGACCAACCAUAGCAAAGGUGGGCUGAUUUUUAAAAAGUGCAGGCUUUCAUUCAGCAAACUCACAUCCCGUAAUUAGACAGUUGCUGGACUACAGAGCAGGAGAAAUGAGGGUCGAGUGUGAAACUUCACGGCAAAAUAUCCACUGAUGAACUCCUCUCAUUUUAGGUCAGCAUCGUUUAUACACAUCAGCGCCUGGGGAAAAUCCCUGAGGGAACAGGUCGCGUAAAAGAAGCGUUUCAAGCCAUUUGCUAGCAUCUUGUGACCGUAAUCAUGAUGCUACAUUGACAUAGUUCAUAAUUUGUUCACCUUGGCGGGUAUUGUUCUAGUUUUCAUUACAUCAACCCUUCUUCCUGUUUACAUUUUCGCUACCAAUAAGAAAAGAGAGCGCUGUCACACGGUUUGUUGCAAUGCAUUUAAGUUUUCUUGGAUUUUUUUUUUUUUUUUACCAUGUGAAAAGAAAGCAAACCGGGGAGAAAACUACCCAAACAUAUCAACUGAUUUGCAGCAAAAGAAAGCAAACUAACAACCCGUGUCCAUAAAUGCUUUUAAUUGGAAAAAUAUUGGAUUCAUUUUAAAGUAAAGAGUCAUUCAAGAUUUUAGAAAGUUGACAUUUUUUCCCAGUCAAGAUGCUACUACUUUUUCUCAUCCAUGUCGACAUGACAGCUGGUCAGGUGUUCGCAGAUUCAUGUCCUUGACCCCGCCGCUGACACGCAUCGAUCCGCCCGCCAUCACCUGCUAAUCCCCACCUUCGCAAUGCCCCUCUCCAGUUAUGAAUAUCGUAUAUAAUUUACAGCUUUGCUCCCUUAAUCCUCUCGCAAGAUUAAUCAAAAGUUGUGCCCAGGCGCAGUCGGUGGUGCGACGGCGGCGGCCAUUGAUCAUGGUGGGAAGUCACCCUGUGAAGCCACCUGUUCCCAGACGAGAGGAGAGUGUGUCCUUCAUCUGGGACUAACGUUAGACGACCCCUCGACGAACCGCUGAGGGACCAACGGGACGGUUUGCUUCCGUGGCAUACUGAUUAGUAACGUGCUUGUCGUAGGCCGCCGUCUGACGUGUACGCUUCAAUGUCCUUCGGUGAGACGCAAACUGAAGCAGCAGCUACACUGACAUACUGUAUGUGUUUGUCACAAUGUUUUGGAGUUUAAAACAUUUUUGGUGCGAUAUGUGAGUGCAAAAGAGUGAAUGCUAAUGAAUGAAUGCCUACAAUCAACCACAUAUGUAUAAUCCCCAUGUGAAACCACGUCAUGUCAGUCUCAAUGGACUGUGGUUAAGCACUAAAUUAUUCCAAAUCUGGACAAAAGGUGCAUUUUUUCUUGAGUGAAUUUAGCUGGAAAUGACACAAGAAAGGGACAAAACAGUAUCAGACGUUUAAAAAAAAAAAAAAAAAAGGCUUUUUAAAUGUUUUUUUUAACAUUUUGGUCAUUUAUAUCUCUUAACACAUCUUGCAGUCAUUUUCUUGUGUCAAUCCCAGCAUUCCACAAAUAAAUAUGCACUUUAAGUCAAAAUUUGUGCAGCAUGUAACUAAUUGAGGCCUUUACUCAGGGGUGUCCAAACUUUUUCCACCGAGGACCGUAUCCUGAAAAAUCAAAGGAUGUGGGGGCCACUUUGACAUUUUACAUUUGGUAAACAAACCCAUGUUAAAUAUAUAUUUAAGGAAAAACAACCUCCAUCUGAAGCGUUGUGUUAUAGGUGACUAACUUUAUUAAUAUGAACAUUUUCUCCUGAGAUUACAAUUUCUUGGUCAUUUUUUUGUUAUUUUACCAACAUUUCAAUUAUAUUCUUAUGAUUUUUUUCCCCGUAUUAUGAAUUUAUCCCAAAAUGUUUUGAUUUCAUUCUUGUAAUAUAACUUUAAUCUUUAACUUUAAUUUUUAUUCUGUUUUGUUUUUUAUGACUUUAAAGAAAAUAAUAAAUUUUCUUUAACUCUAGGCUUCCAUAAUAUAAUUAUUAUAUUGUUGUAAAAUUAGGAUUUUUUUUUUUUUUUACUUUAUCCUCCUAUUUAUUCUUGUAAAAUUGCUUCUCAUUUCUUUCAUUUUUUGUUUUUUUUUUUAAGUUUUCUUGUUUAAUUGUAUUUUUAGAAUGUGCCGAGGGCCAUUAAAAAAUAGCUGCGGGCCACAAACGGCCCCGGGCCGCACUUUGGACACCCCUGCCUUAACUUGUUGGAACGAUGAGACAAAAGGAUCAUUUAUCCAAUUACGAGGCCGUGUGAUUUAUUGAAGGAUUCAAAAGUUAAUUCAUUACUGUCACACUGAAGAUCAUGGCGCCAUUAAAGAAAAUAUAUUACAGUUUUU